UCUGAUGAAGAUGAUGAAGAUGAAGAUGAGGCGUCUGCUGCUCCUGUGUGUGUUCUGCGCGCUCUCCGUGUCUCUGUGCAGCGGAGCCUGUGCCGAGGUGCACUCAGACACUGAAGCUGUGGCGGGAAAGAGCUUCAAGCUGGGAUGCAUCUCCUGUAAGAUGCGAGGAGAGGUGGAGGCCACAGCCACCGUCGACUGGAUGUUCAGGGCGCGAGGAGAAGCCACCUUCAUGCACAUUUAUAGCUACGACGGCGAGGCGUCCAGCAUCAUCGACGAGCGCUUUCAGGAUCGCAUGGAGUGGCACGGCAGCAGGAACACCUUGGACCUUCAGGACGCUUCUGUGGACCUCCUCAACGUCACCUUCGACGACUCCGGCGCCUACCACUGCAUCUUCAACCGAGUCCUCGGCUACAAGCACUACGAGUUCUCCACCAUCGCCAGCAAAGUGGUGCACCUCACCGUCGUGGGCAAAGAGCGGAGUAUUUAGCGAUCGCAUCCGAGAGCAAAGACAACUGCGCUGGCGUGCAGGUAGCAGAAUAGCACAGGUUUUUCCGGAACGCUCUUCCUCCUGAACUGCUGUCACUGUCUCCUCCUCCUCCUGUUUUUAUAAGCUUUUCUUACCUCUUCACCUUAUCUCCACCACAUGACCGUUAUGCUAUGCAUGGAUAAAACCCUCACAGUCCACUGCAGUACUCCAGCCAGUCCAAUAGAAAGGCAAUACACUGAUUUUGCACUAGAAAUCAGUAAAGAGCAAGCUAUCUUUCUUGAUCUCACCACAUAUGGGAGCCAUAUAUAUGUAUAUACUACACAUAAUUAUCAGACGAUCUGAAAGACGAACGCCAUGCAUGAGCUAAACGUGAAUGCAAAUGCAAUUUCUAUGCGUUUCUAUGCCGGGAGGAAACUCAUCCUAGAUGCUUCGAUCGCUAUAAACGACGAGUUUCUGUUGUAUAAUCCAAGUGCAAUAUGAGAAUCAAACUCUAGCUCUUGAAUGUAGCAAGCACUCACAGAAUGUUUGAAAUGCAUUAUGGGUAAGUACAUUAAGACACCCGAUAGCUCAUCCCGUCCCUGUGUGCCGUUUUAAUGCAUGCCCACACUGCAGUCGAUCAACGCCAGGAUCCAGUAACAACCCAGAUAGGCCCUUUCUGUCAGACGCGCCUGAUAUAAUGUGAGGAAAAUGCAUAAAUGCAUGCUGGGAAACGCAGGGCUGGUGGGCGGGAGUGCAAAGAGAGAGAGA